AUGAGCAAUGGCGUCAUUGGUGUUUCUAUGAGACCAAAAUUGCCUCAUUUGCCAAGUUCCGAUUCGCUUAGUUUACUUCGGCAAUCAGCUUCACUAAUAGCCUAUUCAGCGUCUAGUGCUACCGCGAUAGGAGCAUGGUUUUUAUUCACCAGUCUGCUCGCAACCACUUCUGGCACGUUUGGAGCUCUGAUGCUGACAGCUUCCAUGUCACUUCGCAUAUUCGGCAUCAUGAAGGAAGGCUUAAUAACUCUGAUGAACGAGGAGAAACACGCUAUCUGCGCAAUGCAACAACUUUGUCAGAACAUAUGUCUACUACGCCUAUCUUCUCGUAUUUUGAUUGCUAUUUUUAUGUUGUUUGCAAAUGUAGCAUUAAGUUUUUCACUUUUUCGUCAUUAUAAAAGAGGCCUGCCGGAUAAACAUAAAGAAGCCACCAGAGUCUUCAAGUGCACGAGAGAGAAUGCAAAGCAGAAAAUAAUAGAAUUGACAGAACUAUUGAUAGGAUCGUCUGAUUGGUGUCGAGAGUCACCAGGCCAAUGUGUACCUGCUUUUGCUUCAUUUUUGAUCAUUUUUGGGGGUAUAAGUAUUCUUGGUUGCGUUACAGGAGUAAUUUGGUUUGGAAAAGGCCAAACCAAACCCAUAGAAACGCAAUUCUCAUACACCCCCUGUACAUGGGGAGGCAUACCAGCUGGUGCUCUAUCCAUUUUUGCUGGUAUCACAGGCAUCGCAGCAGUACAUUGUUGUUCUGCUCCCCUGUGGCAAUGUCGAACUUGGCUAUACCUAACAAAACGGCAUGACAUGGAAGUAAAGAUUGGGUUGCACGGACAGGGCCAUUUACUAGCCAUUACGAUGUGUUUAUUAUCAAUUGUGUCCUCCAGCAUGGCAUAUUCAUUAGAGAGUACGAUGAUAAAUUAUUUCGCAUUGCAAACAAAGGAUGCUCGGGGCAGGGAAUCGGACAAUUAUUAUUUUGGCACAAGUCUUCUUAUUGACCGGAUACUUUUUACAAAAUCCACUUUGAUUUUAGGCGCUAGCCUCUUCGAAAUCACUUUUGCUGUUGCUUUAACCGUCUGUCUCACAAUCGAUCUAAGAAUACGCCUUUUCUUGACUUGGAUUGUUGCCAUCCUCAACGCAUACAAUAGAUAUGGCCAUGCUAGACGAAUCACAGAAAAAAAAACGAGGGAAGAGGAAUACAUUUCAGAUGACCAUUAUAUAGAUGAUGUUUAUGAAGAAGGAAACUUAGAUACGCUGGAGCUCCCCUUCAAUGUACAGGCGGUUGAAAAGGAUGAAAAUAGCCUCUGUCCCCCUAGGGACUCUUCAGUUCUGCAUGAUGUGAUACCAACUGCUCAGUUGACUAACCAGAACAACACACAAACUUCCGUGAGUGACAAUAUCCGGGCCGCGCUCAAAUCAUCUAUUGAUGUAAGGGCUCAAAAGCAUCUUCGUUUGCCUCAAGUUUUAGCCAUUUGCAACGAGCAGCCUACAGGACCAUUCACCAAUCAGCCUUUUCAUCAUAGUUGCCAUGGUGAUCAUAGGCCAAGAGAAAUAACCCGACUUCCACAGACAUUUUCAAAUGAAUUGCCACAUUCUUCCUUACCUCUCCAACAUGCUGUGUACGAACAAGGUUCAGAUGAUAUGAAGCAAGUGAAAGCAGUUCCAAACGCUAUAAUCAUUAACGUAAAUAAUAUGAACCAACAAAACUCUAAUCCUGUAACAGAUGCUCCUGAUUUAAGGACUACCCACCAAUCAGAAUCAGCGUUCAUUUACAUUGAUACUCAGAUAGGAAAUUAUGGCAUAACCUCGGUGUAA